UGGUCUCUUGACAAUGAAUCCCGAUAUCGGGAUAAGAUCCCCAACAGGUUAAGAUUAGGAGUAGUGUUGACAUUGUCGGAAAAGAAAGGUACAGAGAAAGAGAUAAUGGUUGAGUAGCUUGCAGUUGAAAGGUGAAUCAAUAGUCUGAAUGAAAGCAUAUCGAGCUACAAAUAACGUUUUAAAAAUAGCCUUCCUUCCUUAUUUCCUCCCUCCUUUCCUUCCAUCCUUAUUUCCUCCCUCCUUUCCUUCCAUCCUUAUUUCCUCCCUCCCUCCCUUCCUUCCUUCAUAGAUAUACACAAACCGGUACUAUUGACACUGGAAGUUCAAGGGAGGACAGUCAGUGUCAACGUAGUAGAGUCAAUAAAAUAUGGGUCAGAUGUGUCUGUUAAUGUCAUGGAGAUGAAAGAAGAAGAAGAAGAACACGCCUGACAUAAUUACAUAACAGUCUGUGGAGUCUCCUUCAAUCAUGGACCCCUAGGCGGUAAUGCGUUCCAGAUGUGCUUGUGUUACACGUGUACACCAAUUUGAAAUCAACUUCCGCUCUCGGCUCUCACAGCAAUGGCAAUAAGAGCUCAUCCAAAAACUUGCAGAGGGUAAAUAAAAAUAGGCCUGUUCAUUCUCACUGUUUGCUGCAGGUAGACGGUUGUGCCAACAUGGUUGUGCUGAAUCUGUGUCUAUUCUAAUUAACAAAAACUAUUGGGCCCAAUAAAUAGUAAAACAUAUAUUGUCUCUGCUAAAAGUGGAUCUCUGUGUGCUCGCGCGUGUGUGUGCUUGCCUGUGUGCCUGCACAUGGGCAUGUGUGUGUUACUGUCCCUUCCCCAAGGUUUCUGCCACCAAUUUCUCCCCAGCGAUGGUCCUCCCUCCCAAUCUUUUCCUUCCCUCAAGCUAGCCUACCUCUCCCCUCUGCCCCCCUCACCUUCUGUCUCCACCCCAACAAUAACACUACCCCACCCUGUCUGUCCCUGACUCCAUGUGUAAAACCCUGUGCCCCCUUUCUCCUCAGAGUGCUAGCUCCCCUCCAGGGCCUCCACACUCCCACACUAACAUCUGCUUCCUCCUCUCCUUUGUGGCUUGAGCUUUUACAGAUGUGAAGCAGCAGAAAAAAAGAGCAGGGGGAAGGAAUUCACCACAGCAGAAAUACAGGACUGGACUGGAAGGAUGGCAGACAGUACUUGCAAAGGCAAUGGGAUGGCUUCUCUUGAGCCUCCCGCAACUAUUAUGCAGAUGUAGUGUAAUGUAAUGUAGGGUAGCGUGUGUGUGUGUCCACUGUUUGAUUGGUUAUGGGAUAUUACUAAAACGUUCCUAUGUGUGUUCUAAUUCAUUUCUUUAACAGAAUGUAAUAAAUGGGUGUUCAAACAGAACCUCCAGACAUAGCCUAUACAUUCCAUCCGUUCUGUAUUGUCAGAGCCCUUAAGCAUUCCCGUCAUUUUUCAUGAGUUAUCAACUUUGAAAUGGGCUCAAAUUAAGAUCUUUUUACCAGUUUUUUAUUUAGUAUUUCUAGCUAUUCUUAUUGUUAUCGAUGUUGUUUUCAUAGUUUUUAUGUGUAUCACUUUGCUUUGGCGAUAUUGAAUUUGAAUUUUAGAGAGAGAGAGAGAGGCUGACUCAGGAUUCUCCUCCUCCCCUCCCCUCUCUCUCCUCUCUCUCCUCGGCUGAUCGACACGACUUGCAGAGACUUCUACGAGAGGUGCAGCAGCCAUGUUUGACCGCCUCCUCCUCCUGAGCCCCGUUCUCCUUUUCCUCCCCCUGGUCAUCCCUGUCCCACCCCCGGGAAAUGCCUCUCCUGCCCCCUGCCGCCGCUGCUGUGAUGACCUGGAGCCACAGGAGGGCCCCCCUGUGAGUGGCCUGAACCAGAUACCUGAAGUCCGCACCUUCAUCAACAUGACCAUCCUCAAGGGAGACAAGGGAAACCGUGGGGAAAGGGGGACACCUGGGAAGUCUGGUGAGGAAGGCGCUCCUGGAUCCCGAGGGCCAAUGGGCCCCAAAGGAACCAAGGGCCAGGCGGGCCCCUCAGGGGACCCCUUCAAGACCCAGGACGCAGCCUUCUCGGUGGGUCGUCGCAAGUCCCUCCACAGCGUGGACUACUACCAGGCCCUGGUGUUCGACACAGAGUUCGUCAACCUCCACGGCCACUUCGACAUGUUCAAAGGAAAGUUCUACUGCUACGUCCCUGGGAUUUACUUCUUCAACGUCAACAUCCACACCUGGAACUUUAAGGAGACCUACCUGCACAUCAUGAGGAAUGACAAGGAGCAGGCCAUUGUGUACGCCCAACCCAGCGAGAGGUCCAUCAUGCAAAGCCAGAGCCUUAUGUUGCCCCUUGAGCUCAAUGACGAGGUGUGGGUCCGGCUGUACAAGAGGGAGAGGGAGAACGCUGUGUAUAGUGACGAUGUGGAUGUGUACAUCACCUUUAACGGAUACCUCAUCAAGCCCACCCUGGAGUGAGAUGACCUGCUGGGUUAUGUUCAGUAGGCACAAACUGGAAGAAAACACCCUAAACAGAGUCAAAUGGGGAGGUACUAUCUGGACUUGUCCAGGAAGAAACGCUUGUUUUCCUUUUCCGUUGCAAAAUGUUUUAAAUGUUUUGGUACGGUGUGCGCUUAUGAACAUGAUCCCCAACUGACCUGAGGGGAGGGGGCUAGAGGUCAGAGUUCAGGAGGGCACAUCGAGAGGGGGCCUCUUUAUGCAGGGUUUUCAUUGACGCACACACCCACUUUUAAGUGCCUCUAUACGGUGCAAGGGGAUACUGGGGGCUUGUAAGGUAAUGACUCCAAAUACAUAUACUCCUUCUUUUCUUUUUUCUUUUUUUUUUUACAUAGACUCCUUCUCUCCUGUAUUGAAAAAUAAAUAUUAGAUGUACAGUGGGGGGAAAAAAGUAUUUGAUCCCCUGCUGAUUUUGUACGUUUGCCCACUUACAAAGAAAUUAUCAGUCUAUAAUUUUAAUGGUAGGUUUAUUUGAACAUUGAGAGACAGAAUAACAACAAAA